UAAGGUUUUCUCGCAAAAUAUUUACUCACUGUUAGGCCAAUGGCCGCGGCGAUGGCGGGUCUCUCGGUGGAAUGGAGCGCCUUGCUCGGCGCGCCCGCGUCGCCAUCUCCAAAUUGUCGCCCGCGCCCGCGUGGAUCGGCUUGCCGAGCUUCCGGAUCGCAAAUGGCGGUGUCCGUGGAGAAGAAAUUCGUCACGCGCAAGUCCGAGGAGAUUUUCAAGGAGGCCAAGGACUUGAUGCCAGGAGGAGUAAAUUCGCCGGUUAGAGCUUUCAAGUCUGUGGGUGGGCAGCCGAUUAUCUUUGAUCGCGUCAAAGGAUCGCGAGCUUGGGACGUGGAUGGAAAUGAGUACGUUGAUUAUGUUGGCAGCUGGGGUCCUGCGAUUAUAGGCCAUGCCGACGACGAGGUACUUAAAGCUCUAGCCGAGGCUGCGAAGAAUGGUACGAGCUUUGGUGCUCCCUGUGCCGCGGAGAACGAGCUCGCAAAGCUCGUAAUCGACGCAGUCCCAAGCGUGGAAAUGGUCCGGUUUGUCAACUCGGGCACAGAGGCGUGCAUGGGGAUGCUGCGGCUUGCAAGAGCCUUCACGGGGCGAGAGAAAGUUAUCAAGUUUGAAGGCUGCUACCAUGGUCACGCUGAUUCGUUCCUCGUCAAAGCUGGGAGCGGUGUUGCAACGCUUGGACUCCCGGAUUCGCCCGGAGUGCCUAAAGGAGCCACUUCCUCGACGCUUACUGCGGGUUACAACGAUUUGGAUGCUGUGAAGCAGCUCUUCCAAGACUACAAAGGCGAGGUUGCUGCCGUAGUUCUGGAGCCAGUCGUGGGAAAUGCCGGGUUCAUAGCUCCCAGUAAGGAGUUUUUGGAAGGAUUGAGGGAGGUGACGAAGAACGAGGGCGCUCUUCUAGUUUUCGACGAAGUCAUGACCGGAUUCAGGAUAGCUUACGGAGGUGCACAGGAAUACUUUGGCAUCACUCCAGACUUGACAACGCUGGGUAAAGUGAUUGGUGGGGGACUGCCCGUCGGUGCCUACGGUGGAAAGAGGGACAUCAUGGAGAUGGUAGCACCGGCUGGUCCCAUGUACCAAGCAGGUACUCUGAGUGGAAAUCCUUUAGCAAUGACUGCUGGAAUUCACACGCUCAAGCGGCUCCAGAACUCCGGGACGUAUGAGUAUCUGGACAAAGUAUCGGGAAAGCUAGUUCAAGGCCUCCUGGAAGCUGGGAAGAAUGCGGGGCAUGAUAUGUGCGGUGGAUACAUCCGGGGGAUGUUUGGUUUCUUCUUCACUAAAGGCCCAGUGCACAACUUCGAGGACGCAAAGAAGAGCGACACGGCAAAGUUUGCGAGGUUUCACAGAGGCAUGCUCGAGCGAGGCGUCUAUUUGGCUCCGUCCCAGUUUGAAGCGGGUUUUACGAGCUUGGCUCACACGGAAGAGGACAUUGACUUCACUCUAGCCAUGGCCAAGGAAGUACUUUCCAGCAUUUGAAGAGUUUUUACGAUCCCAAGCAGAGCUGAUAUACUUGGCCGUUCUUCUCGACGCUCAAGCGCCUGAGCCCCUCAAAGUUUCGUCUACUUCCCAAGAACUCGUAUCUCUUGGUUGGGACGUAGCCAGCUUCGACCGUCUCUGGAGCCGAGUAAACAGCUCGAAGCCUCUCGGCGUGCUUGGAAUCCGUGUACACGGCAACCUCGAUCUCGCUACUCGACAAUGGCUCCUGUGUAAGUCGAGCUUAGUUUCCUUUCAAGUUUCCAGUCCACAGAACUUCGCAGUGAGUUACCUGGUAGAAGCCAUAGACGUUCUCCAGGAUUUGCUGCCUCGUGAAUCCUUUCUCGGAGAAGAACGGCUUUGACGAUGGCCCCAUCUCCGAGAAUCUAUCCAGCGGGAAUAAGAUCGUCAAAAACGCUCCCUUGUAAACGACGUCUUGCUUCUCACUGUCCCAAGUAGAUCCAGUUUGUCAGCGAGAUGAAAUGGAAGAAGCAAAGAAAACAAAAAGAAUUUUUUGUGAA